AUGGAAAGUUCAAGGAAACUCUUACCAAUACUUUUGUACUAUAGGUGGUGGAAAGAUCUGAAUUUUACCGAGCAAUUUCCAUAUGCAAGAGAUAGAUUGGUGGAGUGUCACUUUUAUACCGUAGGAAUCUACUUUGAGCCUCAAUAUAGUCGUGCGAGAGAAAUGAUGACAAAAGUACUAACCAUAUACACCGUUAUUGAUGAUACUUAUGAUGCUUAUGCAACUUAUGAUGAACUUGUGCCUUUUACCGAUGCAAUCGAUAGAUGCGGAUGUGACAUUAGUGCCAUCGGUUCAGUACCACCUAGUCUGAAACCUACUUAUCAAGCCCUUGCAGACCUUUAUACUCAAAUAGAAGAAAAAUUUAUCAAAGAAGGUAAAUUGGACCGUCUCUACUAUGCAAAAUAUGAGAUGAAAAAGUUGGCUAGAGCAUUUUUCAAGGAAGCAGAAUGGUUAAAUGUUGGCUAUAUUCCAAAAUGUGACGAGUAUAUGAAGAAUGCAAAUGUAACUACUACAUGUAUGAUGGUUGCAACAACUUCCUUGAGUUUUAUGGAGGAAUCUAUAGCCAAAGAAACUUUUGAAUGGAUGAUAAUUGAGCAUUUAAUCCUUCGAGCUUCAUCAGCAAUCAACAGAUUAAAAGGCGAUUGUAUUGGACAUAAUUUGGAACAACAAAGGAAGCAUAUAGCUUCAUUCAUAGAAUGCUACAUGAAAGAAUUUGGAGGUUCAAAGCAAGAUGCAUAUGCUGAGGCUCAGAAGAAAAUCACUAAUGCAUGGAAAGACAUGAACAAGGACUUCCUUUGUUCUACUCAAGUACCAACGUUUGUCCUCGAACUAGUUAUAAAUAUUGCGCGCCUGGCAUAUAUUUUCGAAGAAAAUGAUUUUGCAAGUGCCCAAAGCGAAUUUAAAGACAAGAUUAUGCUGUUGUUUGUUGAACCUGUCAAUGUUUGA